GGCGCGGGCAGUGCGCAUGCUCCCGGUGCGCGGCGCCCCCGCUCGGCCGCCCUCGGCGCCGCUCGGCUAUUUCCGCCUCUUUGUUUUAAACUCCGGCCGGAAUUUUUUCCUUCUUUUGGGGGGAGAGUCGGAGGGAGUGGAGGCCCCCCCCGCGGGCGGACACGGCGCCCCGGCCCCUGCGCCGCCAGGUCCCAAACAAUUUCUCAAUUUGGAAUGAAUUAGUCCAAAGGAAGAAAAUGUUCUUUCUACACCGGUGGAAGAAGCUACUGUUAAAAGUGGAGAAGAGAGGUGGUAGAUGGCAACUGGAGGCAGCUUUGGAGUGUGGGACAUUCUUCUGCUUCCAGUGGCUGACAGGUCUGGUUCCGCCCCUGAGCUGCAAACAGGCUGAAGUACUCAUUGUAACGCAUCUCUGGAUCUAAUUACAUGAAGACAGGAAACUUACAGGCACCAUCCUGUGGGUUUCAAGAGCUGCUGACCAGAGGAGUUUAUGGAAGGCUCAUUUUGCAUUGAACUCUGUAAGGCUCUUGGAUGACUUCACUUCAUGCAAGUCUGAAUGACGUCCUCUGUCUCAUUCGAUAUACUAGUUUCAACUUCUACAACAGAUGAGACAGAAGUUCAACAGACAACAGCCUGCUUCCCUACACAACACUGAUUUAUUCCCUGAGCAGCAUCCAUCCUGUCCACUGAAUGAAGCAAGGGUCCUGUGGAAAAAAUAUGAAGAGAACUUGAGACCGAUUUUUGGAAUACUGUUUGUAAAUUUUUUCAGAUGAGGAGACCCAGCGCUUAAAUUGGAUGGAAACUCAAAUACUGGAGAAACUAGGGUCUCUGGAUGGCAGACUCUGAAAAGAAAUGCAGUUUUAAGAGGAUUUCCAGUGCUGUGUUCCAGUUGACUAACAAAUCCUACGCUGUUUUGAAAACACUGCUUGGAUGCCACUAUGGAUACUUGCAGAGGUGAAGGGGUUCCUCCAAGAGACAGUUUAUAAACUGGGGACUUAUCAUGGAGCCUGUUGAACUGUGAGCAGCACCAUUGGGGACUUGCCCUUUGAUGAAACCAAUAUCUUUAAUGAGAAAGCAGUCUUUGCACUCAUUAAAUGACUCCAGGACAGCCCUCUGGUCUCUGGGCAUUUAUAUCCUGUCCCUGAAGAGGAAGGUAACACAAACAGGCAUACAUAAGCCAAGGCCUCUUCCCCAGCCUUUCUAUCACCAGCAACCAUACGAUUCACCACGCAACCAUCGAAGGGUGCAGGUCAAGACACCAAAGAUGCUGACUAGAAAGAUUAAACUCUGGGAUAUUAAUGCCCAUAUAACCUGUCGUCUCUGCAAUGGAUACCUUAUUGAUGCCACCACUGUAACAGAAUGCCUACAUACCUUCUGUAGAAGUUGCCUGGUGAAGUAUUUGGAGGAAAAUAACACCUGUCCAACAUGUAGAAUUGUUAUACAUCAGAGCCAUCCACUACAGUAUAUCGGUCAUGACAGAACAAUGCAAGAUAUUGUUUACAAACUUGUGCCAGGCCUUCAAGAUGCGGAAAUGAGAAAACAGAGAGAAUUCUAUCAUAAACUAGGCAUGGAAGUACCAGGGGACAUCAAAGGGGAGACCUGCUCUGCUAAGCAACAUUUAGAUUCGCAUCGGAAUGGUGAAACUAAAGCUGAUGAGAGUUCAAACAAAGAAACAUCAGAAGAAAAACAGGAAGAAGAUAAUGACUAUCACAGAAGUGAUGAACAGGUAAGCAUCUGCUUGGAAUGCAAUAGCAGCAAAUUGCGUGGAUUGAAACGAAAGUGGAUCCGCUGCUCAGCACAAGCAACAGUCUUACAUCUAAAGAAGUUCAUUGCCAAAAAACUUAAUCUUUCUUCUUUUAAUGAGCUGGAUAUAUUAUGCAAUGAAGAAAUUCUUGGCAAGGACCAUACGCUCAAAUUUGUAGUUGUCACUAGGUGGAGAUUUAAGAAAGCACCUCUCCUGCUACAUUACAGACCCAAAAUGGACUUGCUGUAAGAGACCUUUAUUGUCCUUCUGGACAGCGUUUUUUGCAGAGACUAUCAUCAGGCACCUUCUUAGUGCAUCACUUAACUCACAUGUGACACGAACCAGCAGAAUUGUUUUGGAAGACUGUAGUGCUCUCACAGCCAACCAACCUUCUGAAUAUUCUUCUGGAGAUGUGUUGCCCAGAUUUCUGGACAGAAAAUAUUUAUACUUUUUUUGUACGAAAGAAAUAAAUCACAAGAGGACACUACCAGCACUAAGUUUACAGAUCCUGAAAACACUUCACAGUUCCAUGUAGCUCAACUUCAUUCAUCUCUUUGCUGCAGUUCCACAAAAAUAAGUUAAAACGUAGGGGUUUAAAGGUUGUCUUUGACACCAAAAUUACCUUUAGUUACUUUCCAUCUUUUGAAACUUCUAAAGCCUAUUUUGAGAUAUUCUGCAAGGUGUUCCCGUCUUACAUAGUAUGCCUCAGUUACUUUGGCUUUCAUUGAGCCCUUUGAAGAGCAUUGAACGUACCUUAUGAUUAUAGAGACUGGUGAUAUUUAUGCUGCAUUAAAAACUUCCUAAAAAACUAGGCAUCUGAAAACUUCAUGAGUUUCACACAGUGCUUGAUCUCAUUUUAUAUUUCAUUAAUGUUUUGGCAUCCUCUGCAUGUUUUGAUGAGGCUAAUGAAAAUGAGUUUACUUUUUUAACAUGGCCCAAUAUUUUGCUGUGGCAUAAAUUGCAUCCGAUCAUAACACACAAGUACUCAAAGUGCUAAAUUUGUGAAUUUUAAGGUAGACUUGUCUUAUACAGUAAGGGCUUGCAGAAAUUUAUUUUUUCUUUACGGAGAAUGUUUUUUCGCUAAAUUUGUGGUUAAAUAGUGGUUAAAGCAUUUUUAUUUUGAGAAACACCCCAUAGAAACAUUACACAAGUUUCCAUUUCACUGGUUUAAAAAUUCAGCUGUUAAUUACUGACCAGUUCUAGAUUUCCUUUAAUGGUUUCCUUAAAAAGCCAUUGUUUUCUUUAGUGUCAUCAUUAGCUAUCUUGGAGGUCAGACUAGAUCGUAGCAGUACCUUCUGGCCUUAAAUCUAUUAAUCUAGAUUUUGUGUUCAGCCUCGAGAGAUGCAGGACACUAUGUAUGUCAUCAAGUCCACGCUCAGAUAAUGCUUAGAGGGGUGUUAACUAAAAAAAAAAAAAAAUCUUGAAAGGCUUUUAAAAAUAGGUGACUUAAAAAAAACUGUUAAUAUUGGUUGAAAGUGAUUUCUGCAGGCGAUAUACUGUAUAACAUAAUAAAAAUAUUAAAUGUUAAAAUGUUUGACUGGCAUGGGGGAUUGUAAGGUACAGAAAAGAGGGUGUGCAGUAUGACACACUGGCAGCUGGAGGUUAUUACUUUCUUUUUAAAUGCUCAGGAGGGAAAGUUCCCCUGUCAGCUGAAAACCAGUUUUGUAUACAUAUUAUUAAACCCUUUUAUUCCUCCAUAAGGCAAAUCUCACUGGCUAACAUAAGCAUUAUGCCUGUUGGCACCACCCUACUCCAUCCAGUUGUGCUCCUCUGCCCUGCAAGAAAUCAUUAUUUAAAAUUAGAUUUAACAUCAGGAAGUAAAUCCUGAGAAAUACUGGCUUAUCCAAACAUGUACACUCGCUUUUCUCCUGGGUCUGAAAGAAAUCCACCGCCUCCCCAAAACAGCAUGUUCCUGUGUGCCUCCUUACACGUACUUGCCUGGAGUCUGCUGGUCCUCCAUUUGACUCCUCUCUUAGUUUUCCUACUGCCACAUUUGUGAGAGGGAACACAAUCUCACCUGUAUAUAUUUCAAAACAGCGUUAUAAAGCUGUGUUCUUUUAUUUUUAUUCAUAAUCGUAGAGGUGAAUGAGGAGGAAAUCAGAAUGGGUGCAAAUGGAGAAACAAGGGAAAUCUACUGGACUAGUAGGAGUGCCAUCUCUGCAAAUCUAGGGCGGGAGAGAUGUAAAUGUACUUGGACCAGGCAAGACAACUUCACAUCUAGGCCUUGGAGGGUGUGGGGAAUAGAGUUUGGCUUUGGUUUGAUCUUUCUGUUCCUGUAUGCACCUACCUGCAGUUCAGCUUUUAUCUAUGUAUAACAUGAAGAAAAAAUAGCAGUGUCAGAAGAGGAAAGGAGAGACUUCAGUAGUUUAGUUCUAGCAACUGGCCCUUUGUGAGCUUUUCACAAAAUGAACCUAGGCGACGUGACCCUAUAAGUCAGUUGAUUUACCAGGACUUUGUGGAACUGUUAAUCAGUUGUCCGCAUUGUGGGGUGUGUCAGGGAACUUCAACCAAAUGACCCUAUCCUAAUCAAUCAGAUUAAUUUGAAUCUAAGGGUUUAAUAAAUAUAUAUACAUGAUGUGUCUACCUCAGAACACGCACUGCAGCAGCAUUUUGUAAAACCAGACGUUACUGUAGUGCCAUUGAAGAACAUCAGAAUUUGAAUAUUUUCCUGUGUAAUUAAACUGAGGAGCAAUUAAACAGAUGAACGUGCAAAUUCAAAAAACCCUCUGCCAUUCAGUUCUAACUCUCACUGUAGCAAUUUACAGUACAGAAUAUAUAUUUGUAAGUUUGUAGCUAUCUUUGGAAUCACUUGAAUUUGCUAUGGUGCUAUAUCAAUAUAUUUAAAUAUCUGUUGAUAUCUGUAUAGAUACAUAAAUCUGAAGCCUGUAUUAACACCAACAGCUGGUUAUAGCUCAUAAUUGUGUGUAACUCUGCUUUUUUUAAAUGUAUUAACCUGAUAAAACCUCAGUGGUAAAAAUACCUAUUUUUCUAAAUUGCAUCAUGUCAGAAUAUCUUCACUACAGAAACUAUUUCCCAUAGGGGUUUACUGCACCAUUUGGUUUGAUUUUAACUUUGUAGAAAGAGUAGCAUACAAUUAAAUUCAACAGUCAGUGUGAGACCUUAAGGAUUCUAUUUCUGAAAGUUCUGUUUUACUUCUGUGAAGCUUAAGAGACAGUUGAUUUAAUGUCAAAACUAUAUUGGGGAAAAAUAACUAUUGUUUUUUUAAGUAUUGUUUAAGGUCUGAAAGUCAGGCUCAGCUUAGAUAUCUCUUGGUCCUGCUUGGUCAUGUUCAGUUUAUUUUGGUUUUAGUGAAGAUGGAGUUACUGUGAAGUAGUUUUCACAACUGCUUACGCUGGUAAAUAAUUGCAGUACAAGUAUCUUGUUGCAUUAUCCUCAGCAGCAAUGAGACUAAUUACCCAGGCUCAUAGUCUCACUAGAUAUAGUUUUCAUUUAAAAUAGAGAAUUCAGAUAGAAUAUAUAAUAUUGAAUUUAAAUAAGAUUUGGGGGUUUUAAAAAAAAUUAACUUUAUAAAAUUAUUUAUUCUAUUUUAAGCCUUCUAUCUUAUUUUACCAUCCAAGUAUUUUGGUUUCUAUGGUCCAGCUUUAUUUACGGGCAUAUAAAAUGAAAUUGUGAGAUGUUUUUACAAGCUUCUUCCUUUUACUUUGAGUUUGAGUAGUUUUUAUUUGAUGUUUUUGUAUGGAUAAAGAGCAUUACUUAUGCUUUUGUGCAAUAGGUUUGAAACAUGCAUUUAUAAGGCAUAUGUUUAAAUUGUAAAUGUAGCAUCUACUUACCGCUAAAUUGAGAAGGAAUGUAGGUGGGAUUUUUAAAAUGUACAUUCAAAUGGGUUUUUGUUUGGUUUUUUUAAUUUUCAUUUUUUAUUUUUUUUUUAUUUUUAUUUUGAAGUGAAGUUUGGGGUUUUAAAAUUGUGUGUAAGUGCAAGAACUACCUGUCAGCAAUAUGUUAAAAUAAAUGAUCUGGCAAGAAACCUUAAUGUGAAUUGUGGAAGCAAUCUGCAAGACUUGCAGCCUAUCCGAAAUUGUUUUUGUGCCAUUGUUACGUCUGGUAUCUUUGUGUACCAUCUAACCUGGGAAUAUUUAUUUUUUAUUGGUUGUGCAAUACUAUACACAACACUAUAACCUCUGGGGAUAUGGGACCAUAUGAAAUAUCAGACUCAACUAUGAUGGUGCUAUUUUUUCCAAUAGGCUAUGAGCCUUUGAAAGCUUAUCUGGCUCUAUUGUCUUCGUAACAGCAUAAUUAGUCUUAGGAGAAUCUUACCAUUGAGAUAAAUGUAAUAGGAAAAAGCCAACCAGUUUUUACAUCAACAGAUGAAUCUUUGAUAAAUUUAUAUUGUAAUCAAUACUUAAGAAAUGCAUUUAAUGCAGACAGCGUAAACUGUACUCUACAGAAAAAUUCAGUUUCUGUAUUUCCUCAGGUAAUCACUUCAGUUCAGAUGCUUCACUGGAAGUUUUAAAGCAACCUACUCAUUUGUUCCUCUGCUUCAAAGUUAAAGAAAAGAAAAAAUCCCAUAUAGGCUAGAAUUUUUGCAUAACUUAACUAUGCUUAACUAUAACGGAGAGGUUCACUUAACAUUUCCUUAGGUACCAGGUGCAGAGAGAGCGCUUAUUUUAAGGUGCAUAAUUUAACUUUGAACUGCGUUUUGAUGAAAGCAGAGAUUAGGUACAGAUUUUCUGGAAACUUGCUCCUCAUGGUAAGCCCACUCUUUUAUUUUUAUUUUAUACUAUUGAGUUUGAAUUUGCUCAUGUACAAACUUAAUAUCCAGUCCUGCAAUCUGAUCCACCUGGCAGAUCCUUAUGCCCUCGCAGAAUCCAGUUGAAGUCAAUGUGGCCUGCCCCAGAGCAGAUUGUAGGAUUGGGGCGUAAAUGUCCAAUACUGCAAAUGCUGACCUUGUAACUUUACUCACAUGGAUGGUUCUAUUUAAAUCCAGUGGGAUUAUUCACAGGAGCAGAGUUACUUAGCAGCAUGCCUGCAGAAGUCCUUAUGAUUUACAACAUUGGUUUAAUAUAAUCCUUAACAUCCAAAUGAUUUAACUGGACAAAAGAAAACUUUUUUUUUCUGGAACAAGAUUAAUUUAGGGUUAAGGGACAAUAAGCCAGUGCAACCACUAAGCCUUUAUCCUCAAUAUGUGGUAUAAUAAAGAUACUGAAACUAUCACAGUAUAAAAUCAUAUUUUUGACUUAGUUUCAUUUGAAAGUUUACAUUUUUUUUAUGCUUUGUGUUGCUGUGUAAUUUUUGUACUAUUGGUGGCUAGUUUUUGUCUGAAUAAGCCUUUUGGGAUUAUUGCUUAAUGUUUUGAUUUUAUGAUAGUGAAGCUUGUAUUCAGUGUUUUGCCAAUUAAUAUUAUAUGCUUGUUAAUAAAAGCAAAAAAGCUAACUAAAAUUCUGUCAGGCUGAAAGUUUAUUGUCCAUUUUUUCCCAAGAACCUAAAGGACUAGCUAGUACAAUACAACAGUACUAUACAAUACUGCAUAAACCAGAACAUUCCCCUUAUAUAGUUCUAUAAUGUAUCUUCCCCCUGAAAUGUAUACCGCUUUUUUUUUUUGCUUGAAUCCAACACUAGCACUGAACAAAAUGUUACACUAACUACAAAACUCCUUAAAUUGGUAAAAUGUUUGUGCCAAAUACAUGGCAGUCUAUUCAUUAGCAAAUAAAGUGACUUCUGUUGGAUGAAGGAGGUUAUUUUAGGUGCUUUGAACUCUUCCUGUAUUUGUGUGUAUGGAUAUAUUUGCCACACUGUACAUGGCGUCAGACUUGCUCCUCUUCUAUUAACGUCGCUGUGAGGGUUCAUAUUGGAGUCCAACGUUCCGUUGGACACAAUUGACAAACGUUAAAUCAAAAAACCAAACCUGCCAAAAUCCUUAUUUUGUUUUAAUUGUUAAAUGAUUGACAGAUACUGAUUGUCUAUUUCCUCUCUGGUUGAAAGUUAGAAAAAGGACUUAGAGUAGCUAAAAUGCCACUUCAGAGAGCUUUGGCUCAUUAACCAGAGGUAAAUUUGCCUUCAAAGUGUUGAUCUAAUUUUUGGUUGCUUUCUGGGUUAUUUUAGUAGUUUCUUCCCUAACUGUUUAAGAUCAUCAAGGAUUAUGUAGGAACUCCUCAAAAGGAUUUACUGUUUUUGGCUUAAACGAAGCUCAAGGUUAAUCUAGAUACUCUAGUAAACUGCAAAGCAUAUAAAGCCCUAGGUGAAUUUCUUUGCAGUAUCUGCAUACAGUAAUGUGUAUUUUCAGAAUUGUGUGUGGUGUUUUCUUCUUAUUGGGAGAGGCAAAAGGUUUAAUGUUUCUGCCAUUUUGCUUGGAAUUGUAAGGAACUCUGGUUCUAAACCAUGUAGCGAUCCGUUCCUGCACAGGGUUCUCACUUGCACUAAUGGUAGUGAUGUGUAAUCUUCCUGAGGAGAUGAGGCCCACUAGAUAGUUUUGCCAUUGAUUGGCCAUUUAAAUACCGGUGGGAGAAAUCUGUCUCAGAAAGGUCCCUUUGUUCAUGUGUGUCACUAAAAAGUGAAUAAAUAAUAAACUUCUAAGUUUAGCACUAAUUCUGCUGUGUCAGCAAGCACUAUAUUUCAUCUCCUUAUUCUCGUUGUUAGUUGAUCUGUCAUUUCUCCAUGACUUUCCUUUGUUGGUUGCUUGAAAUGCACCUACAGACCAGUGAUUUAUGCAUGGGUGUUUCUGUUUAGUUCAGCACACUGCACUAUUGGCAAGUAUUCCAGGCAUCUAGAGAGAAAUUAACAGUGCUAGAAACCAGCGGAUGUAUUUCCCAAUAGUGUAAUUGUAUGUUCGACACUGCCCCUCCUGUAACUUGCUGGAAUAGUUAAGUAAUAACCAACUUUGCCAGCUGUGACCCUUGAGCCAUGCCCUACACAAAAAUACAUAAGAACACAAAUCUGCACUCUAGUCUGUUUUUAAUAAACAUCUACAUGGUGAGAAAGUUGCUCAGGUGUAUAGUAAGAAUGAUGCGCACAUAUACCUCAUUUCAGGAAUGGAUAAAGGCACCACCAUUGGCAUCUGUUGUGAUUGGGACCUUUUGAAAUAUGCUCUUGCAACACUUGUUUUAUAAGCUAAUGUUUUGUAUUGCUUUGUGUACAAUAUAUUCGACUUGUAGUUAUUCAGAUUGUCUUUGGCGUUGAUUUUGGACAUAAAAAUAAAUUCUUUGAUCAUUAA